AUGGACAAAGAAUCAGAGCUCAUGAGGCAUCUUGAAGAUCCAUCUGGCAAAGCACAACAACAAGAGCGAAGCUCUGAUGAAGGAGGCGAAGCAGGAGCACCAGGAGAGGCUGCUGCCAGCGAGGACAAACUACCCCAGAGCCAUGGCCUCCAGUGGGAGACUUUAGCAAGGCAGUUUGUGGAGUAUGAACAGGUGGCUCCAUUUCUCAUUGCAGAGGAGCAAAAGAGAAGGCUGCUGGACUUUCUCCCCCUCUUUUUAAAGGCCUGGGAACAGUCUGCUGGAACGAUUGUAUUUCCCAAUAUUCAACUAUUAGCCAGUGAAGUUGCCAAACUUCUGACAAAAGAGAUUAAGAAGAAUCUUAAUGGCAAGCCUGCAGAGGAAGCUCGGUUGGCCUUGGAGCAGUUGCUGCAACAGAAAAGGGAAGUGGAAGAUGGCCAUGUGCUCCUGAAAUCGGUGUAUCUCCUCUCCCAGGCUGACGUGAGGACACUGUGGAACAUCAUUGGAUCUGGUCUUCCAGCUGCUCUGAUGCAGUGCCUGUACCUUUUCUUUACUUUUCCUGUGAAGAAAAGCAGUGAUGAUAGAGAGACAAGUGAGGAUGACCCUCAAACUCAGGACAUGCUUGUUCAGAUCAUGCAUAAUAUAUACAAAGAGGAACAAGGUGUGGAGGAACUUCUGGCAGCUGAUAAACUUCAGUCAUUAAUUAUAGCAACAGCUUCCCUUUGGGACCAGUGUAGCCCUUCAUGGAAAGUACCUACAGGCCGUGUGCUGCGAACAAUUUCAAAGGCUCAGACCAAAAACAGCAUUGUGUACCUACAAGCUGUGGACUGCAUUAAAAUUGCAAUUCAGAAUCUGUUUAAACUGGCAGAUACCCUACCUGCUCAUGACAUAUGUGAAGCUGUUAGUAUCAUCUUGUGUUUUGUGAAAGACUCCUAUCCUGUAUCAUCAGCUUUAUUAACAGAGUUUGAGACUAAUGAUGGCUACCAACUCCUGCUAAAAAUUUUACUCAGAUGUGAGGGACUGCAGGAGAAUGAAGGAGACUCCUGUCUGGAAGAGAUUCUGGACAUGCUGACUUGCCUAACCACCUGUGGAAAAACGGAAUUGAAAGUUUCUGGCAAUAUUGCGCACCCGCAACUACCGCACUUUGAUUUUGAACCAACACAGUCUUCUGGAAUGACAGUGAAAAAUCUCCAGGCUUUUCAAGUGCUGCAGUCUGUUUUCCAGAGAAGUAAUGAUGUGCGCCUCUGUAGGAGAAUCCUAGCAGCAAUCGGUACCAUAUGGGCCUGGGAUGCAGUGAACUUCUUUCUCUUGGAAUGGACACUACAACCUAUCAACCAGUUUACUGACAUUAUCCACAUGAAACCGCACACAGUGCAGGUUCAGUUCUUCAAGCUGGUGGAGUCAGUGGUGCUGGACAUGUCCUACAUCCCCCAUGAAAUCUUGAAGAAGAUUCAGUAUUUGGUGAAAGAAAACAUAGUGCCAUUCUGCACCUUAACAGCUCUCCGAUGCCUUCUCAACAUGACCAAGAAGGACCUGCUGUUCAGUGACAUAUUCCGGGACUCUGGCCUCUUAGGCCUGUUGCUGGCACUUCUGCGAAAGCAAGCCAAAAUCCUGAGGAAGUCAGCUGGAACCCAGGUGCCUGCCCUGGAAGAAGGCACCGAGAAAGAAUUAAAUGCAGUGAUGCUGAAGAUGGUGGCUGCCCUUACUGUUGGGUCCGUGAGGAACACUGUUGUUUUAAAGGACUAUGGGAUGGUGCCAUACAUCAAGAUAUUUUUGGAUGAUGAAUGCUAUAGGAGUGCCACUCUUAGCAUCUUGGAGCAGCUGUCAGUCAUCAACUAUGAAGAAUAUAUGAGUAUUGUUAUUGGGGCCCUCUGUUCAUCUACUCAAGGGGAACUACAACUGAAACUAGAUUUGCUGAAGUCACUGCUGAGGAUACUGGAUAGUCCAAAGAGCCAUUCAGCUUUCAGAACUUGCAGUGGAUUCAAUGGGCUCCUCUCCCUUCUCUCAGACAUGGAAGGUGCAUUGCAGGACCCUCCAACUGGGCUGUGGGCAACAGUUGGGCACAAUUGCGUUUUGGAACUUGUUUUCUACACACUUCAGGGCAUAACGGCAGCCCUACACCUGGACUCUGUCAAUAGCAACUUCUUCCAGAAGAAUGGUCUCUUUGAAAAGAUGGCAGAGGAUCUUGGGACACUUGGCUGUUUCUGGACGCGAGGAGAACAGCAAAUCCUUCCUGGCCUUGAGAAGACAAGGACGUUUGCAGAAUUCUUGGAUGCGGCUUUUUGCUCUUCAGAACCUUUUCCAAGGUGGCUGAAAAACUGCAUAUGGAUUCUGAAUUUUCUUGAUCACAUGGUCAAAGGGACUCUGCACCUGGAGAGCUACUUCAAGGAGAUACAGACAGAGGUGGAAGAGACAUCAACAAAUGACUGGGAGGAACCUCAAGCUAAGGAGGAGCAUCCUGUGGCUUUCAAAAGACCAGGCAACAAAUUACCUGCCUCUGCAUAUAUUCCAUGGGGAAACCCUGAACAGAAGUCAGAAACGAGAGACACUGCCAUUGUGCACCCAGGUGCUGUCUGCGUAAUAGUGAGGUUGCUGCCAAAGUUGUACAAAGAGGGUCACUCUCAGCUUUCUCAGGAAAUCCAGCGUGCUGUGGCUGACCACAUCCUGUCCCUGGUGAAGUCGGAGAAGAGCCGCCAGGUGCUGUGCGGCUCUGGCUUACUGAGCACUAUGCUCACGUCCUGUCACGAUGCCCUCCGCGAUGAGAGCCACCCACUGCAUCUGCCCCUCACUAGGGUAUUUGAGAAACUUGCCUCCCAGGCUAUUGAGCCAGAUGUGUUAAGACGAUUUCUUUGGCUGGGAAGUUCUCCACCAGUAGCUGUGAGGCCUUGCACAAAGACUAAGGUCCCCUCAUGUGAAGGGAGUGAUUCAGCUGAAGCAGCCAGGAAUGAAGGUUUGGAAGUGGACAUGGUGGACACUAAAGCUGCUCCUCAGAGGGCCGUGCCUCUCAGCAGCUCCCCUUGGGUGUAUAAAGGGUCUGCACUGGCGCUGCAGACUGCCAUGAGUCUCAUCUCCAUGACAUCACCACGAAACUUCCAGCUCCACAGCGCUGCUUUGGCCCCAUCAUUUGUGGAGUUUGACAUGUCCAUGGAAGGAUAUGGGUGUCUGUACUUCCCUACCUUGGCCACUGUCAUGGGCCCCAGUGCUGAGCAGUCUGUCUCAGGAGGAAUUGGCAUGGGCAGCAGAAUGUUUCCUCCCCUGAGCGGACUCACUCUCUCCUCCUGGUUUCUGGUUAAUAAGUUUGGUUUGUUGCACAACGGUCACCCACUGCGUUUUCUCACUAUCGUGAGGCACAUGUCAAGAACAGAGCAAGAGUUUGUCUGCUUUUCAGUGAGCUUUUCCCCCCAGGAGCGUUCCUUUGUUGUUUCCACAGAAGAAGUGGAAUUCCAGCCACUUGAUAUCAUGGAACCUGAGAGCGAGGCCCAGAAUCACUCCCUGGUUCCAGGGCAAGUCCGGUUUGGCUGUGGUAAGAUGCUGGUCACUGGCCAGUGGCAUCAUCUCACAGUGACAGUUGCUAAGGAAGCAAAGAAGAACUGCACUGUGUCAGCGUAUUUAAAUGGUCAGACGCUUGGCUCUGCUAAGAUGCAGUACAUGCAGCCCUUACCAGGUAGCUGUAUUUCCAUGGAACCCUCUUCCUUUAUUGAUGUCUAUGGGUACAUAGCUACUCCUCGAGUUUGGAAACAGAAGUCCUCUUUGACCUGGCGCCUUGGCCCUACAUACCUAUUUGAAGAAGCCAUCUCUGUGGAAACUGUAGAGUUGAUUAAUAAGCUUGGCCCACAGUAUUGUAGCAAUUUUCAAGCAGCACAGCUUCAAGGUGAGGACCAGUACACUGAGCGUAAUCCUGUACUGCUGGUGGGAGAAGAGAGGAUUUCUUUUGGAAUCAAUGCCAUGUGCUCAUCUUUCACUACAGUCCAAGAUGUAAAGAGCUCCUACAGUGAAGUGGAUGGUCGGCUGAUUGCCAAAGAGAUGGGAAUUAGUUCUCGGGACAGUUCAACUCCAAUUUUCCUGGCUAAGAAUAUCGCUGGACAUCUCUCAGGUGUCUCCCGGACUAUAGGAUCUGUUGCUGUGGGCCAAUAUGGAGUAAGAGUGUUCCAGUCCUCACCAGCAGCUACUAGCCUGAACUUCAUUGGAGGCCCUGCCAUUCUCCUGGGUCUCAUUGCUAUGGCCCGUGAUGACCACACCAUGUAUGCAGCUGUCAAAGUCCUGAACUCCAUCCUGAAGAGUAGCCCAAUGAGUGAAAAAUUGAUGAGGCACAUGGAUGGAUACCAGUUGUUGGCAUAUCUUUUGAAGAGGAAGACACAACUGUUAAACAACAGGAUUUUACAGCUAGUGUUCUCCCUAGCGGGCACAGCAGAACUCGGCUUUGAAUCUUCAGUUGUCAAGAAUUAUAGUGUAUUCCAGUAUGUUCUCUGCAACUUUGAGCUUUGGAUGUCAGCACCAGAAAAUCUUGAUCUUGCUCUUUUUUCACAUCUUGUGGAGAUACUGCAGUCCUCUAGAGAAGGGUACCAGAAUGCUGAAGUUGCCUAUCGGGUGCAAAUGGUGCCCAAACUCGUUUUCCUCUUCAAUGAUGCUGAAAUCAGUAACUCCAGGAUCACUUUGGCCUGCACUAUUCUUUCCCAUCUGUUGCAAGGAUACUUUAACACACGGGAUGUUCUCAGGAUUGGAUUAUUCCUUGUUUAUACUUUGAAACCCUCUUCUGUGGAUGAAAAUCUGAUUUGCUUGGAUGGUGUGUCUGAGAUGGCAAAUGAAGCCUUAAGCCAGACACCUGGAAAGACAAUCUGUCUUCGAAACCAGUUACUGAAGAUGCUGUUAGAUGUAAUGCAUUCAGACAAACUUCAUCUGUCCUCUGAGGUGCGAGAAGAAACAUUCCUGGCGCUGGGGCCAGACUGGUUCCUGAUGUUCACACAGAGCUACCUGCACUCUACCACAGUUGUGUUAGGGAUCAAGCUGCUUCUCUGUUUCCUCCACAAUCGUUCCCUGCUUAAAAAGUUCAGGGAGGGGAUAGUGGCUGGGCGCUGGCUGGAAAACAGCUCUGCAGGGUUGUGUAUUCUAAUAGAUAAUUUAAAACCCCAGACUCUGGUACCUGAUCGCAGCUCCUUCUUGAUUUUUGGAUUAUCUGUGUUGCAAACGUGUUUGACUGAUCAUGUCCACAUCCCGGAGAUCUACUUACAGGUGGCAGGGCUCCUUUUAGCAACUCCGCAGUGUGAACCACCCGAAACAGCCAAGAGAGAUCUUGACUCUAUGCUGCAGUGGAUCUUACAGCACCACAUUACAGAAAAUGUUGUCAAAAUUGGGUUGUGUGCAGAGGCAGCUAUCUUACUGCUGGAAAUGGUUAAGGUCACUGUGGACAAGCCUACUGUAGAUGCAGAAGCUUCCUGGGAAAUUGUGUAUCCACGGAAUGUUAUCCAGUUUCUGGACUUGGUCUAUCGCAGUUAUACUCGGGACCCUCUGUGGUGCUGUCCUGACUUCUUGAAAGCUUUGGCUAUGGUUGCCUUCCACUCUAGAGCACCCAAGGGAAGCUCUGAAGGUCUUUUGUCUCCUGAUGGUCCAUCAAUUGCUGAAGGGAAAGGCUGUGUUGAUCCUUCAUCUCUGCCAGUGCUACCACAUCCUGCUAAGAAACAAGUGUGGGAUUUCAUGCGAGUCCUCCUGACGGACAGUCUGCUCAACAUCCCAGCAAACAAACAAGGGCAUCCACUUGAGCUGCUUAUUGAGGCUUCUCCAGAAGAUGCCUCCAGUGAGCAGAAGAGACACUUUCAGACAAAAGUCUUACUAUGUGCCAUGGAAGUCUUCCAUCUUACAAGCCAAACUGAGGGGAAAACAAGACCAAGAGGGAGCAGUGAUCCUCUUGGCACUACAGAAUCAACUGCAUCUACAUCUGUAGUGAAUGUUGUUUAUUUUGCCCAGAAACUGAUUGAGAAGCUGAAUAGCAGAAUGUUUGCUGCUGACCCCAAGCAAAUCCUUCUCUUCAUUGCCAAACAGAUUAUGGUGGUCUCAGACGGCAGUUUUUCUCAAAAGGAAGUUUUCCUCAGUACCCUGUACAGCUGUCUAAACCGAGCGAUCCUGUAUUGCCUGUCCAGACCACAACAGUCACUGCCUGAACAGUUUAACAUCCUGAACACUCUUCAUGUCCUGCAGGAGCAGUGGGACAUUAUCUUUGCCGAUUACAACUCAAAUAAUAAUUUCAUCGUCUGCCUCAUGCACUGCCUUUGCCAGCUGAAUUUGGGCAGCUACCCAGAAGGUUUUGGGAUUGAUGCAAGACCCAAACUUGCUUCGUAUCACCAAAUUUUCCUUGCUCCCACUGAAGAGGAGAAAGGCAGCUUGCCUACUCCAGAUGAUGUUCAUCGAGAGAUUCUGAGAACAGUAGAAAUCCUCUGGAAGCAGCUCAUUUCUCAGAGGCGUCAGGCUCUGGAGGACACUUACAAGAUGGAUCUCUCCAUAAAAGGCAGCGACAAAGAGAGGGAAAUGAAGAUAACUGAGAUCACUCCUCUCUGGGAAGAAACGAUGACAAAAGCUUGGCAAUACUUGAUAGCAUCUGAAAAAAGAACUCUUCAGAAUAAAGCAGGGCCAAGCCUGUCACAGAGUAAGCACAGUUCAUGGAGUGAAAGUCUCUCUUCAGCAAUUAAGUUGAUGCCUGGACGAACCACGAAGGAAAUUGGUUGUAAGACUGAGGGAUUUGUGUCGUGUAUGGAAAGGUACCGAAGAAGUGGGCAGGAACUGUAUGCUUCGUUGUACAAGAAUCAUGUACAGAUGCUACAGUGUGGUUACAGCAAAGCAGCCAAGGACUGGGUGAUACUUGAGGAACAGCUCUUCUACAGAAGGGGUCCACAGGGGGAUGCAUCACAGUCCUCAGAACCACGAUGGAUCCUUGACUUGUAUGAAGGACCUGCACGAAUGAGGAGGAGGAUUCAGCAUGCAAGCUCUGGAGCAGCAAUGAGACAAAUGAGAAAUGAGAUCCUAAUAGUAAACAGAAAUGAAUCAUCCCUCGCUGUUGAAGAAAAUCAAGGAGAGCUGACGUUAAAUGGAGCAGAAAGGGAGAUGGAUGAGAAGGGAAUCGAUUGUAACCAGCUAACGUUCUUCCCUGCCCUGCAUGAAAGUUUUCAUUCAGAAGACUUCCUGGAGCUGUGCAUGGAGAGACAGAUUAUAUUGCAGGAGUUUGCAGACAGUGAAAAGAUCACAUUCAAAUGCUCCAUGGCAAUUGUGCAGGGGCACACAGCAUUGGAAGGAGUGCUGCUCUUUGGCAAAGCACACUUUUACAUCUGUGAGUGCUUUGUGUUAUCCCCACUGGAAGAGGUCUACUGUGCACGGCACUGCUUGUCCAGCAUCAGUGAUCCAUUCAUUUUCAACUUAUGCCAUAAAGAUCAUGCUUUGGGAGACCAGAGGUGUUCCCGUUAUUCAUAUGAUGACAUAAAAGAGAUUCACCUGAUGCGCUUUCUUCUGCAGGAAAUUGCCUUGGAAAUAUUCUUCAAAGAUGGCUACUCCAAGUUUCUUGUCUUUCAUGACAGCGACAGAAAUAAGAUAUUUAAGAGAUUUUGUUCUUUCCAACCUAAUUUGAAGUCCAAAGGCAUAACAGAAGAGUCCCUGAAUAUAAGGAAACACUCGGGAGGGGAAAAGACAAUGCUCCAGAAAUGGCAGAAGAGGGAGAUCAGUAACUUUGAUUACCUCAUGUACCUGAACACACUGGCUGGCCGCAGCUACAAUGACUACAUGCAGUAUCCUGUGUUUCCAUGGGUCCUUGCUGAUUAUCACUCACAGACUCUAAACCUUACUAGUCCGCAGACAUUUCGGGACUUGUCAAAGCCCAUGGGAGCUCAGACUGCAGAGAGGAAGCACAAGUUCAUCCAGCGCUACAAUGAGGUAGAGAAGAGUGAGGGAGACUUGUCAGCCCAGUGCCAUUACUGUACUCACUAUUCAUCAGCAAUUAUAGUAGCAUCUUACUUGGUUCGAAUGGAGCCAUUUACACAGACCUUCUGUUCUCUGCAGGGCGGGAGCUUUGAUGUUGCAGACAGGAUGUUUCACAGUGUCAAAAACACAUGGGAGUCGGCAUCAAGAGACAACAUGAGUGAUGUCAGGGAACUCAUCCCUGAAUUCUUCUACUUACCGGAGUUCCUAACCAAUGCCAAUCACUUUGAACUAGGCUGCAUGCAGGAUGGAACAGUGUUGGGAGAUGUGCAGCUUCCCCCUUGGGCAGAUGGUGAUCCCCAUCAAUUCAUUCACCUGCACAGACAGGCACUGGAAAGUGACUUUGUCAGUGCUCACCUUCAUCGCUGGAUAGAUCUGAUUUUUGGCUACAAGCAACAUGGCUCUGCUGCAGUGGAAGCAGUUAACACCUAUCACCCUUACUUCUAUGGAGACAAGAUGGAGCUCAACAAUAUCAAAGAUCCUCUGAUUAAGAGCACUAUCCUGGGUUUUAUCAGCAACUUUGGACAGAUCCCAAAGCAGCUCUUCACUAAACCACAUCCACCCAGAAAGGCUGUGCUGUCCCUUCACUCAAGUGGAAUUCUUCCUCCAUUCCUCAGCAGCCUACAGAACCUGAAGCUCUCACCGGUUAUCAUCAAAGACUCUCCCAAGGGAGCCAUUGGGCACAUUGUUCAUACUGAGAAAGGUGUUCUGGCUGUUGAGAGAAACAAAGCUUUGAUUCCUCCUCUUUGGAAUAAGACAUUCUGUUGGGGAUUCGAAGACUUCACAUGCUGCUUUGGUAACUAUGGAUCUGAGAAGAAUAUGACUACAUUUGAGUGUAUGGCAGACUGGGGAAAGUGCCUCUGUGCUGUGUGUCCUUCCGCAACUACGAUAAUCACAUCUGGAACAAGCUCUGUUGUGUGUGUCUGGGAACUUUCUUUGAUCAAAGACAAAGUGAAACGUCUAAACUUGAGACAAGCUUUGUAUGGGCACACUCAGGCAGUGACCUGCCUUGCUGCAUCUGUGACCUACAGCAUCAUCGUGAGCGGCUCUGAUGACAAGACCUGCAUCAUUUGGGACCUGAACCAGCUGACGUACAUAAUCCAGCUUCCUGCCCAUGGGACAAGUAUCUCUGCAGUUGCCAUCAACGAUUCAACGGGUGACAUUGUGUCAUGCGCUGGAUCCUCCCUGUGCCUGUGGACAGUCAAUGGGCAGCCUCUUGUCAGCGUCACCGUGGCCUGCAGCCUGGGGAGCCGCCUGGUUUGCUGCUGCUUUGCUGAGGUGAUGGACUGGGACACGCGCACCAUCGUCAUCGCAGGGAGCACGGAUGGAGUGGUGAGGCUGUGGAAGACUCAGUACCCCAGUGGUUCAGGCCAAGCAGCUGAACUGAAAUCCCAGAGAGGUACAAUGGAAGCACCGGGCAGCACAGGUAACAAGUGUGGCAAACAGCUUGUUCUCUGUCGGGAACUGAAUCCCAGCCUUGCCUUGACUGGAAAACCGAGUAAGAACAGCCCGGCUGUGACAGCGCUCGCUGUAUCCAGAAAUUUCUCCAAGCUCCUAGUUGGUGAUGAGUGGGGAAGAAUCUGCUGUUGGUCUGUGGAUGGAUAGGAAGAAAUAGUCAGAACCCUUGUUCUCAGCCUUUUGGAUGGAGAGAAAAUUGCUCCUCAGAACACACAAGAUUUGGAGGAACCUGGAAGCUUAUGGAGGAGAAAGAAUCUUGGAGGUGUUGCUGGACUGACCCUGCAGUCAGGUCUGGCUGAAAUCAGAGAAUGGACUCCAAAGUUAUGAGGAAAGAUACUGACAAACAAUGCACACAUGCUAUAAGAAUUUGCAGUAAUUGUUCUGGGAACUUUUAUAUUUUA